GCGAGUCUUGAGACGGGGCGCAGACUGCGUCAAAGUCGGCGGCGAGGUGGGAGAGUUAAAUCGGGUCGAAACGUCAAUGGCGUGUUCUGUCGCGAAAACAAGAGUGACCCGACGUCAAAGAGUGAUCUUGAAAGUGAUGAUUGUCGUUUUUUGUUGGAAUCCAGUCCUUUGUGGAAAAUAGCCAAAAGUGCCCUCGGGUACAGCGAGGCAACCUUUGUGGGUUGGUGUUGGCGUAUUGAAGGUGGUGAGGCCAAGGUGAAGUGGAGAAAGAAAUGA